AUGAAGGUCAUCCAAUGGUCACAUCUAGCAGACAAAUGGCCUCAUUUGAAGCACAUUGAUUUUCCAGACACCGGUUUGAGACCUAUCGUGGAUUUGCUGAUUGGUAUUGACUACCUUGACAUGCACUAUUCUUACGAAGAAGUCAGGGGACAAGAAGGAGAGCCCAUUGCCAGACGAACGCCAUUGGGGUGGACAUGCGUAGGAUGUCCAGAAGGCAAGAAGAUCCCUGAUACCCAUUUCAGCAAGACGACUUUGUUUACUACAAGCAGAUCUGAUGUCGAUGAAAUCAACUCAACAAUGAAGAAGUUUUGGGAUAUCGACUCAGCUGGAACGUUCACCCAGACAACAGUGGUGAGUCCUGAUGAGAAGGCUGCUUUGGAAAAAGCUGAGAAUUCUUUCAGGUUCAUUGAUGGUCGAUAUGAAGUUGGAGUACCAUGGAAAGAAGAUAGUUAUAGAAUGGUGAACAAUCACAAAAUGGCAAUGAAAAGACUUCAGAACACCGAGAAACGUUUGCUCAAGAACCCAGAUGUGAUGAAGGCAUACGAUGAAGUCAUUGAUCAAUAUUUGGACAAAGGAUACAUACGAAAGGUUCCAGUCUCUGAGAAGCAACCUGACAGCAAGUGGUAUCUUCCUCAUUUUGCUAUAUUGAAACCCAACAAAGCGACCACCAAGAUCAGAAUCGUCUUUGAUGCUUCAGCAAAGUAUGAAGGGACAUCCUUGAAUGACAUGAUACAUUCAGGCCCGAAGCUGCAACGAGAAUUGUUUGAUGUUUUGCUACGCUUUAGAUGUCAUCCCGUCGCUGUUGUCUGUGACAUUGCUGAGAUGUAUUUGAGGAUUCAGAUUCCAGAAGCUGACCGUGUGUAUCAUCGAUUUCUUUGGAGAAGAUGUGACCAGGACAGAGAUCCAGAGGAGUAUGAAUUCAGCCGAGUGGUGUUUGGUAUAACAAGUUCACCGUUUCAAGCACAGUUUGUGAUUCAAAAGCAUGCUCAGUUGUACAGAUCAGAAUAUCCGAUGGCUUCAGAAACUGCACUCAAGUCAACCUACAUGGAUGACAGCAUUGAUUCAGUACAAGAUGACGAAAAGGGAAUCCAACUGUAUCAUCAGCUUGCAGCUCUAUGGAACAAGGCAGGCAUGCAUGCAAGAAAGUGGCUCUCUAAUUCUCCAGAAGUUCUCUCUGCAAUCCCAGUAGAAGACAGAGCAUCUGAAAUUGAUUUGGACAAUGGAGAGCUUCCAACUGUAAAGACCCUUGGAAUACUUUGGCGAGCAAAGGAGGAUAUUUUCAGUUUUCACUCAAGCCCACCUGAAGAAAAUCAAAUCAUCACAAAGAGAUCGUUUCUGAGAACCAUUGCAUCAUUGUUUGACCCUCUUGGUUUCUUGGCACCAUUCAUCGUUAGAGCAAAAGUGGUAAUGCAGGAAAUCUGGCGACAAGGCUUCGAUUGGGAUGAUGAGCUCGAUGGCGAAGUCAAGUCAAAGAUUCAGAGUUGGUACAGUGAACUUCACGAGUUGUCAAAUCUUUCAGUGCCAAGAUGUCUUCACACUGGCAAGCAUAAAGAUGUUCAAUCAAUGCAAUUACACGUUUUCAGUGAUGCAUCAGAAGAAGCUUAUGGAGCUGUUAUUUAUGCAAGGUAUGUCUACGUUGAUCAUGCAGCUACUACUAAUAUUGUCGCAGCAAAGUCACGUGUUGCACCACUGGCAGCUAUGAGCAUUCCAAGGAUGGAACUAAUGGGAGCAGUCACAGGACUUCGAUUGGCGGUAUCGGUAGCGAAUGCAAUGCAAGUGUCAGUGAAGCAAGUCAAAUUCUGGUGCGACAGCAUGAACACACUUUGGUGGAUCAGAGGACAUAGCAGAUGUUUCAAGCCAUUUGUUGCAAAUCGUGUUGGUGAGAUUCAAAACAUGACAAACCCUGAGCAAUGGAGAUAUGUUCCCACGAAGGAUAAUCCUGCUGAUCACUUGACAAGAGAGAUGGUAGCAUCUGCGUUGGCAAACAGUGAGCAAUGGUGGAAAGGACCAGAAUUCUUGGAAAUGGCUGAGGAUGAAUGGCCUAAUAAUCAAUUUGAGAUGUCAAUGGAAGCAGUAUCGGAGCAGAAGAAGUCUGGUCGUUCAAAGAUGAAGUCCGUAACAGAAAAUCAUGAAGAGAAACAAUCAUUGUUUGCUGAUGCAGUUAGCAAAAAGAAAUCUACGACUGGUGAACAAGUGGAACCAAGUAAACUGAUGAAAGCGGAGAUCAAAGAUGCAGAAAUUCAUAUCAUUCGAGACGUGCAGCAAAAUGCAUUUGCAACCGAAUACCAGCAACUGUUGAAAGGAAAGCAAAUGAAGAGUGACAGCAAAUUGAUUGUGUUACAGCCACGAAUCGAUGAAGAUGGACUUCUACGGUGUAAUGGAAGAUUGAGGUAUGCUGACUUCCUGCCAUACGAUGCAAAAUAUCCUAUUAUUCUACCAAGGAAGAACUGGGUUACAAAGCUGAUCGUGAAAUUCUAUCAUGAAAAGGAUCAUCAUGCAGGUGGCACAAAUCAGACAUUGGCAGCUAUUUCGAGUCGUUUUUGGAUAAUUUCAGCAAGAGAAGAGAUAAGAGAAUGGGAAAACGAAUGCAACUGGUGCAAAAGACGAAAGGCGAGAGCAUGCAGUCAGAUCAUGGCACCCCUACCAAGCAUUAGAUUGGCAAUGUCAUCGUGA